CUUUUCUUCCUCUCCUUCAACCUUCACAUAAGCAUGGCUUCGUCAGACGCCAACGCCAGUGUGCCAACACCCGUUCCGUUCCCCCAUCCAGACUCUCCACAACAUCCUUCGAGUGCUCAGUCCGACGUUCCCAAUUCACCGCCCGGCCGCCGUUCGCGAACCUCGACCAAUGCAUCUGCCAGCAGUCGCAUCCGCACCGCCAGCCUCAAGUUGAUGGAAGCCACGCCUCCGGCAGGCAUGUGGGCGGCAACAGGAAGUGUUACAUCGAGAGCACCUACGUUGUCCGACAUAAGAAGAGGAUCGUUCAGUGAAUCAGGGUGGAACGAGGAGCCGCAAAGACAAAAGGCCGAGAGAACCAGGAGUGAAGAGAGCGCAAUGUUGGCUCAGAGGAACAGAGGUGGUCCAGAGCCUGACUCUGAUUACGACCAGUCUUCAAGACCCGCCUUAGGCAAGGCGAGAUCCAAUUCGUCCAAUAUGCUCGGUGUUGAGCCCUUUCCCGCUGUAACGGAAGUGACAGAGGACGACGUGAGCGCGCAUCGCACAAGAACCUCGGAACAAUCCCCCCUUCCCAUGACAACUGCGCCCAGCCAGGAGGGCACCGAUUUUACAGAAAAGGAGGAGCCAGUGGUGGGAGGCACGCAAUCAGAGAAGAAAAAUAAGGGCUUAUUUGGCAAACGCGACAAGAAGCCAGAGAUGCGACGAGAGUAUACCAACGGUUACGUUCCGCCUCCUAAAGUCCCUUGGAAAGAGUCUACGAUGAUUGGGCUGAAGGGUUUCUGGAAGUGGUUCUUGACGCCUUCCGGUUUUCUCAUCACGCUGUACGGUUUGAACGUAGUCGCUUGGGGCGGUAUGCUGUUCCUUCUCCUGUGCAAUGCUGCACCCGCCAUGUGCACUCCGACUUGCAACGAUAUACAAUCACCACGACGGAUAUGGAUCGAGAUCGACUCGCAGAUUCUCAACGCUCUCUUUUGCGUUACGGGUUUCGGGCUGGCACCAUGGCGAUUUCGCGAUUUGUACUGGUGGGCUUGGUGGAGGGUUGGCGGGAAAAAUCGUACGCAAACCGGCAUAAGGCGACUGGCGGGUAUCCACCAGGGCUGGUUUCGCCUCCCCGGCUCCGAUCAGCUGCCGUCUGCCGCUGGCGCUGCAGAAGUUGAUCCAAAUGACCCGGCCGUCCCUAUUCCUGCGAAGAAGAUCCCUGAUCCUCCACCCACGGCGCAUCGCGCUCCCCCUACCAAGGGCUGGAAGAUGGAUUGGGUGGUCUGGAUGAAUGUUUGGAACACAUUUUUCCAAGUUGUGCUGUGCUACUAUAUGUACAACUACAACCGCUAUGAACGCCCGUCCUGGGCGACUGGGACUUUUGUCGCGCUGGGCUGCAUCGUGGCCGGACUGGGUGGCAUCAUGAUGUUCAAGGAAGGGAAGAAUGUCAAGAAAAUUGAAGGCGUGCCCAUCCCCGCCGAUGCCUACAAGAAACCAACGGAUAUCGAGGCACAAGCUCAGGGCGCCCCGGUCACACACGUUCCUACGGAGCAUGUCGUUAGCGAGAAGGACAAGGCGCGAGCCUGA